AUGGAGGACCAGACAGGGCGACAACCCAGCCUAAACGAAAGCGGCACUUCUCAAACCUUCAUCCUUGGACUGACCGGCUCGAUUGGUAUGGGCAAGAGCACUGUGUCGGCCAUGUUCCGACAGGAAGGUGUGCCGGUGUGGGACGCGGACGCGACCGUCCAUGAGCUAUACGGCCGGGGCGGCGCUGCCGUACCACUUGUGGCCGAUGCGUUCCCUGGGGUAGUGGUCGAUGGCGUCAUCGACCGAGCGGCCCUCAGCGCCCAGGUUGUCGGAAACGAGGUGCGGCGGCAGGGCCUGUUCCUGGCGGUACUGGAUAUCCCCCUGCUGUUCGAGACAGGCAAGGACCCGGACCCCGAGGGGGGCUCCGGAACCAGCCGUACACGUCCUCACGGUGCGGACGCGGUGGUUGUGGUGAGCGCUCCCCAGGAGGUGCAGCGUGCACGGGUUCUGUCCAGACAGGGUAUGAGCGAGGAGAAGCUGGCGGCAAUCCUAGGGAGGCAGGUUCCAGAUGCCGAGAAGCGGCGCCUUGCAGACUUUGUAAUCGACACAUCCACCGAUCUAGACACCACACGAGCCAGGGUUUCGGAGCUGGUACGGCAGUUGAGUCAACCUCGGGGCCGUCUGGCGGCCGGGGCCGGCGGCGGCGGCGACGGCACCGUUGAUUGCUGA